AUGACGUCGCUGGUGAAGCACAGCUACGAAGGUGCGACGCAGGAGGGUCUGGGCGGAUUUCUAGCGGGCGUGGGCAAGGGGCUGGUGGGCACGGUGACGAUGCCGGUGAUCGGCGUGCUGGACCUGGCGGCCGAGACGGCGGCGGCGCUGCGCGAGUCGAGCGGGCGCGGCGGCCGCGCGCCGGGGCGGGUGCGCGAGCCGCGGGCGGGAGGCGCGGGUGCCGGGCCGCUGCAGCGCUACUGCGCGCGCGCGGCGCACGGCGCGCGCCUACUGCACGCGCUGGCGCGGCGCGAGCGCCUGGUGGCCUACCGGCCGGUGCGCGGCGCGCCGCACGACAUCCGCGCGCUGCUCACCGACACGCACCUGCGCAUCGUCACCUGCAAGCACGACGCUCCGCACGUCGUCAUGGAGACGCAUCUAAGGUAA